UUUUUCGUAAUUUUUACAACUUUAACUUAUCCGAAUCCAAAAUUAAAACACAAUUACGAACUGAUUACCAUGGAAGUAAAUUAUAAUGAAAAAGAUGGAUUAGAAGCAAUACAUCUGAGAGAAAUGGUUUCGGUUCGAUUUCGAGCUUACAAAAGAAAAUUUCAAUUAUCGCUGUAUAAGGACCGCUCGAUCAUUUCACCGAGUACUAAAAUCGUUCUUUACGGCGAAAAUACCAGUAAAAUGAAUAUAAGAAACACGCCAAACUUUCAUAUUUACGAAGGAACUGUUAAUGGAGAAGAACAAUCUUCAGUUACUGGAUAUUUUCAUAGGAAUUUGUUUAUCGGAAGAAUAGAUAAUGCACUCGAAAUAUAUCAUCUUGAGUUAGCUUCUGUUUACCUAAAAGGGGAUGAAAAUAAGAAUAAAGUAAUGAUUUUCAAACAAGAAAAAGAUCACUUGCCUAAAUGCAGUUUAAACAACGGAACAAGUGUUUGUAAAGAAACGUUACAAGAUAUAGUUUCUAUUAAAACAGAGCAUUUCGCUAACCGAUUUAAUUUUUCAAAUAUUAUAAAGGAAUAUAUAUUGAAAGUAGAAAACAAACUGAUAUGCGAUGUUGAAGUAUUAGCAGAUCAUACACUUGUAGAAUUCAUGAAUGGUGAUCGCGCAAGAAUCGUAGCCGAAAUGCUUUAUCAUAUGAAAUUGCUGGAUAAAGUCUUCCGAUACACAGAUCUCGAUAACGAUUUAGAACCAGAAGGAAUUGGAUUUAGCGUGGAAAAAAUUACCAUAAUAGAAAAUAAAUAUCAUCCACAUUAUCCUCUCAAUUUUGAAUCUCACGAUACAGACAAUUUCGCAGACAAACUGCAACGGUUAGUUCAACAGAAAAGGUGCUUGUUAAUCGCUUUCUGUCAUAGAGAUUUUGAAGGAUCUAGGGGACCUGCAAACAGAGAUUCAAUUUGCGAAGGAUGGAAUAAUACAGGAAAUAUUGGCUACAAUGUAGCAUUCGUUACAACCAAUAAACAUGACAAACUGAUUCCAAGAGAUACUAUUACUUUAAAUUUAAUUCAUCAUAUUGGCCACUGUUUCGGAAGUCCAAACGACGAUAAAUUAAAUAAGGAAUGCAGUCCCGGAAACGCAAAUUUAGGAAAUUUCAUAAUGUAUCCCGAAACUUUGGACGGUACCAAUGUAAAUAAUUGGUUGUUUUCACCAUGCAGUAAGAAAUUUAUUAAAAAUACUGUUGAAGAACGACGAGAAUGUUUGACAAGAAGAUUAAAUGCUAAAUGUGGUAACGCAAUAACCGAGAUCGGAGAGGAAUGUGACUGUGGAUCACGAGAAUCUUGCAGUUUACUCGAUCCUUGCUGUAAUCCUCCGGGUACAAAUUACGAAUGUAAUCUUAAAGAAGAAAUGAGCUGUAGUUUUCGAGAAGGAAAAUGUUGUAAGGAAGAUUGCACACUCGUUCCUAAAGUGGAGCGUCGAAUAUGCUUCGUUAACACUCCGUGUCGGAAAGAAUAUGCAUUAUGCGACGGAAUUUCAUCUUAUUGUCCUGAGAUUCCUUUAUCUGAUGGCACUUCCUGUGGAGAUCCAUCGUAUGGUACUUCCUGUCAUUUUGGCCAUUGCACCAGUAAUGUUUGCGAAGAUAACUCUAUGCAACAUUGCAUUUGUCCGUAUGAUAAAGAAUGCCAUGUCUGCUGUAUGGGCAUGUAUAACAGAUGUCAAUCUUCCGAAGAACUCAAUCUUUUCCGAUUAAAUAAGCAAAUAUAUACAAAGAUUCCUGGAACAUUAUGUCUUAACAACACAGGAAUGUGUUUGAGGAGUGGAAUCUGUUCUAUAUUUGUAAAACCGAAAAACAAUUGGAGCAGAAUUUUAUGGAUGUUUAUGCAUAGUUUUGUUUUUCUAUGUAUUUUAGUAGGACUAUUACUCUGCUAUUAUGUAAUAAGAUAUUUGUUCUUCUCUAAGAAGAGAAAGAGAUUUAUAGAAAAAAAUAAGCCUUCUAUUCUAAUAGAAAAUGAUGUAACGAAAAAUUAAA